UGGGCAAGGGCGAGGGCGCCAAGAACAAGACCAGCCGCCAGGCGACGACGGGCACGGCCGACGUCAAAAUUGGGAUGGCCAAGAUGCUCAAAGGGGGCGUCAUCAUGGACGUCAUCGACGCCGAGCAGGCGCGCAUCGUGCGUUAUCGGUGCCGAACCCUUGCAAACCUUUGCGCUGCGUUUUACCAACUUCCAGAGCUGUUGGGGAGGACAGCUCGGCGCCGCCGAGCGCGCGCUGAAUCAGAGCGCCAGGACGCCGCGCCACGCCGCGCCACACCCCGGCCGGGCGGUCCGCGCCAUCGAUGCGCCGGUCCGCGGCGCACGCGUCUACAGAAGACGCCGCAAACCCAAGACCACACACACCCGGCCGCCGACCGCUGAAUCAGAGCGCGGAAACGCCGCGCCACGCCAUCGACGCGACCCCAACGCAGGCCGAGGCCGCCGGCGCCGUCGCCGUCAUGGCUUUGGAGCGCAUCCCCGCCGACAUUAGAGCUGAUGGCGGCGUCGCGCGCAUGAGCGACCCGCAGAUGAUCGAGGGCAUCAAGAAGGCCGUGACCAUUCCGGUCAUGGCGAAGGCGCGCAUCGGCCACUUCGUCGAGGCCCAGGUCCUCGAGGCGGCGGAAGUCGAUUAUAUUGAUGAGUCCGAGGUCCUGACGAUGGCCGACGAGGACAACCACAUCAACAAGAACAAGUUCACGGUGCCCUUCGUGUGCGGGUGCCGCAAUUUAGGUGAGGCGCUCCGUAGAGUGGCCGAGGGCGCCUCCAUGCUCAGGACGAAGGGCGAGGCCGGCACGGGGAACGUCGUAGAGGCCGUGAGACACGCGCGCACGGUCCAGAAGCAGAUCAAGAUGCUCACGACCAUGGACGAGGACGAGCUGUUUGUGGCGGCGAAGGAGAUGCAGGCUCCGUACGAACUCGUGAAGCAAGUGGCCGAAGAGGGUAGACUGCCCGUCGUAAACUUCGCGGCCGGCGGCGUCGCCACGCCGGCGGACGCGGCGCUCAUGAUGCAGCUCGGCAUGGACGGCGUGUUCGUGGGCUCCGGCAUCUUCAAGUCCGAGGACCCGGAAAAAAGAGCCAAGGCCAUCGUGCGCGCGGUCGCCCACUACAGCGACCCCAAAGUGCUGUUAGAGACGUCGACGAACCUCGGCAAGGCCAUGGUCGGCAUCUCCGACGUCAAAGGGGACGCCGUGAACUUCCGCGACCGCGAGGGCGGCGCCAAGGAGGCGACGGCCGAGGGCAUCCCGAAGAAGCGCAAGCUCCACGGCCACACGGAGACGCAGCUCUACGGCUCGUCCUGGAAGUAG